AAAUUCCUACAUCAAAGUCGUAUUUUGAUUAUCAUACCUUGAUUAAAGAGUUUGAAUUAAAUCCCUUACAAAGAGGAUUGAGACUUUGGAAUUUAAAAUAUUUAUCAAAGCAUAACGAAAAAGCAUUUCAAAUAUCAUGUGAUAAAAAAUUACGUAAAAAAGUGGUCAAACUUAACAAAUAUAUUGGGGAAUUAUUUUUCAGUAAAAGGAAUCAAUUUGAAUUUAUCAAUAUUUUUUAUAAUGAUUUAUUAUUUGCACCGAAAUCUUUAUUGGACGUUUGCGAAUUUAAGAAUCAUGAAGAGAGUUUGAUCAAGGUUAAUAAAUUGUCAAUAGGAUUCUUUCAUAAGUCCAAUGCGAAUUUAAUUCCGGUCAUUACCGAAUAUUUUGCAAAACUUCAAAAAGUUCUAUCGCCGAAUAUACAACAUUUACAAAUUUCUAUUGAUACGACUAGACAACACAAAACGUUAUCCAAUAACUUGAUAAAUCUCAUUAAAUCUCAACAAUGUUUAAAAUCUUUAAUGAUAGGCCUCUUCUGGAGUAAUUUACAAAACAAACCUUUACUUUUUGCUUUACAAAAACAAUCAAAAUCUUUGACCUUUUUAAGGGUGGGAUGCGGAAAUUUUCAGAUACCCACCUCCACUUUAUUAUCCAUAUUAAGGCAAUUGCCGAAUUUAAUCACUCUCGAAUUUCGUCUCAUUACUAUGCAUUCUGAUAAAGAUGUUUCGAUUGAUAUCUCUUAUUGUUCUUUUAUUAAAGAAGUUCAACAACAAUGUCAUUUGAAUAUAACUCACUUCCAUUUGAUUAUUAGUCGAAAUUACUCAUUCGCUGAUUUAAUUAUUAUAUUGAAAAAUUUACGAUUAAUUCAUUUGAAAAUUAAUCAAACUUCUUCCAAUCGAAAUUAUUUAUUGGGUUGUGUUCAUUUAUAUAAGGAAUUCUCUCAAGCAAUCCCCCCUUCUUUAGAGAUACUUGAGGUGGACUUUGUUGUUUCGGAUGCGUUUUUGGAAACUUUACUUAAUGAGACAAAAAUUAAUCUUCAAUGCAUUAGGUUGUACCGUUUUGAGUAUUGGGAUACUUCCUUAAGAAUUUUUUCCAAUUACGCAAAAAGAAAAAAGUGUUUUAGAGAACUGGGAUUUUCUCAUAUUUUACACUUUUCUAAAAAACUUUUAAUGGAAGCGCGAAAACUAUUUAGGAUAAUAAAAUAUUCGAACGAUGAAAUUUUGAGUCCAUUUUACGACGUACCAAUCUCAAAUUCUUACUGGAGCAACAGAGUUACAGAAUAG